CACCCAUACCAGCGGAAACAGGUCUGGUCCUGGCAGCUGGGAGUUGAUCUCGAGCAGUCAGAGAGCUUGAACAUCGCACGAGGGCGACUAAGGACAGUUGACGGACCUGUCUGCAAGCAUAGGCGACCAGCCCUGCGGGGAGGAGCUGUGAACCCUGGCAGGUUGGUAGCUCCCAAGUGCUGACUAUUUCCCAAAACUGCGAGGAGCUCUGAAUGCAGGCCCAAAUCCUUGGGAGCUAUAAAGCCUGGCCCUGCAGCUUUUCAUGGAUCGCUAUCGCACCCCUCGAGAGUCUUGUGUACCACCUCACUCUCUGUAGCGUUCGCCAUGAAAUCCACCACAUCAAUUGGUGCCGCAGCUGCCCUGCUCGUGGGCGCUGUGUCUGCGCAGAGCUUCCGCCGUCUUGGAGCUUGCCCAACGCUUGGUUGCGUUUUCCCUCCAGACCAGGCCGACUUCCUCGCUGGCCAGUACUUCGACAUCCGUCUCGAAGUUCACCAGCCUACAAAUGGAACUGAAGCCAUUGGCCUGCCUCUGGACGAGAAGUUCACAUUCACCAUCAGUAAGAAUGGCAAGACCGCACCGGUCACUGAAUACUUCAAGAUCCAGGAGCCGAAGCUCGAGAAGUGGAACUUCACCUGGUAUGAGGAUCUCUUCGCUCGCGACGCAAAGAACGCCAGUUUCGUCAAUGUCGCAGCUAAGGCCUACCGCCGUGUUGCUCUCUACGAGCCCGGCGAGUACACUGCCACUCUCAACUACAACAACGGCAGCAAGACCGAGGCUACUUGGCUCGUUCGCGACUUGGCCGAGGAGCGCAAGACCAAGAACAUCAUUCUCUUUAUCGGAGACGGUAUGACCACCAACAUGAUCACGGCCGCACGCCUGAUCGGUCACAAGAGCAUCAACGGAAAGUACCAGACCACCAUGGCCAUGGACAAGUUCCCCGUUCUUGGUCACCAGAUGACCCACUCCAUUGACAGCUUCAUCACCGACUCUGCCAAUUCCGCUGCUGCUCUUAACACUGGCCACAAGAGCACAGUCAACUGCUUGAACGUCUACGCCGACUCUAGCAAGAAUGCCUUCGAUGACCCCAAGGUUGAAACUAUUGCUGAGAUGUUCCACCGUCUCACUGGCGGACACAUUGGUAUCGUCUCUACUGCCUACAUUGCCGAUGCCACCCCUGCUGCGCUCGUCUCCCACACUCGCAACCGUGGCGAGUAUGGCGCUAUUGUGGACACCUACCUGAACGGUGUCCAGAACUACACCUGGACAAAUGUCCCCGUCGAUGUCAUCUUCGGUGGUGGUGCCGAGCAGUUCUACCCUCCCUCGCUCGGUGGUGUCACUUACCAGGGAAAGGACUACUACCAGGAAUUCGCCAAGAAGGACUAUCAGAUCAUCCAGAACCGCACUGCGCUGCUGUCUGCCAACAACAACGACAAGGCUCUCGGUAUCUUCACGACCUCCAACAUGGCUAAGUGGCUUGACCGCAAUGUCUACCGCAACAACCUGAACCAGUCGCUCUCUCCCACUGGUGACAAGAAGCCCGCUCUUGACCAGCCCGGUCUUAAGGAGAUGACUCUCAAGGCUAUCGACAUCCUCGAGGCUCGCUCCGGCGACAAGGGCUGGUUCCUUAUGUCUGAAGCUGCGUCCAUUGACAAGAUGAUGCACGUUCUCGAUUACGACCGCGCUCUCGGUGAGCUCCUCGAGCUCGAUGACACCAUCAAGGCCACCAUCGCCAAGCUCAACUCCACCAACUGCCUCAAGGAAACCCUGAUCCUCGUCACCGCCGACCACGGCCACGGUUUCGACGUUAUGGGCUCCGUCGACACGCACUACCUCGCCGCACAAAACACAGACCGCAAGCGCCGCGAGGCAGUCAACGUCUACGAGCGCUCCGGCCUCUCCCAGUACGCCAACACCGGCAACCUGACCUACACCGACAGCAACUUCCCCUCGACCUGGGAUCCGCGCUAUACCCUCUUCCAGGGUCUCAUGGCCGACCCCGACCGCCGCGAGAACUGGUCCGUCCGGAAGUCUGGCCCACGUCUCCCCGCCACCGAGCAGGUCAAGGACGACGACGACUUCUACGUCAACCCCAAGGAGCCCGUUGGUAUCACACUGAACGGCACUCUUCCUGUUGAUAACGACCAAGGUGUGCACUCGCUCACUGAUGUCCCUGUGUUCGCUAUGGGACCUUGCCAAGAACUGUUCGGUGGUGUGUACAACAGCAUUGACAUCUUCUACGGUAUGGCGGAGUGCUUUGGUCUGGCUAAGGGCAGCCCGGCUGCGAACAGCACCAAGUACUAGAGACAUUGCUGGUGAUGACUGAUGAGUAAUGAUGUUGUAGAGUAGAGCUGCGUGGUAAAAGCGUAGAUGUAAUUAGUAUUGCAUAAUAAAAAAUGAACAUCAACUCAUCUCGUCUAAUGGUUGUGAGCUUUUGCUGAUCAAAUGUCCAUUUGAGUUCACUUCAGGAGGUAGAAGAGUCAUGGACAGAUUUAGAGGGAAGGGAUCAGUCUUCAGUG